CGAACAGUUGUCGUAAUGUAUCGAAUUUAUUGGCGGCCCGUGUGACACUUCGAGUCUGACAAGUGUGUUUUUAGCAUCGAGCGGACAAAGUAAUAAUUUUAGAAUGCGAUCGCAAGAUUUGUAUGAUAGUGGCUGUUUAUACUCCAUAACUACGAGAGAGGCGUAGGUGUUACCAAUACUACCGGAUUGCGAGCGAGAAGUGCGUGCUUUUAGUGAAGAAAUUCAUACAAUAACUUUAUUAUUACAUAUACUUUACAUAGAGCAUGUGAACAUUCAAUAGUUUAGCAUCAAAAGAAGUUUAAAUACAAUAUAGCAGUGAAUGUGUUUAUAUUUAGACGAUUCAUGGAUACAAUGAAAUUCUUUUCCCGGUGUCAGUGCACGCGACUUUAAAUAGUGACACAUCAAAAAAACUUUAAACUUAUUAAAAUGCCUAUUCUAUUUAGUGCGGUGGCUUGUGAUAAAAGAUUGUUAUCAAAAUUUGCUUCGUGCGAUGGGAACUUUAUGGAAAUUGUUGAGGAAGUGCUCUCUAAAAUACCAUGCGGUAAUGACAAAAUGACAUACUCCCAUGGACAUUAUUUGCUUCACUAUAUCGUGCAGGAGAAAUAUUUCUACUUUUGUAUUACAGACAAAUGCUGCCAGCGAUCGAGAGCAUUCUUAUUUCUAAAUGAAAUACAAAGAAGAUGGCACACGAUGAAAAGGUGCGAUGAGUUCACAGACAUACUGUCUGCGGAGAUGUACCGGUACAGUGAAGAUUAUAACACAAUAACUAUUAGAAAGGGAGAGUUAGAUGAACUCAAUAGUAUUGGAGUAGGGAGCAGUGAAACUAUCCUCGGCGAAAAGAUAUUGUUUGUAAAUAACAUAGACAAUUUAACGUAUUACAGUACAAUAUCAUACGUGAGAAAAUCUCCGGAGCGUGUAGUGGUGCUAGUUAAGAAUACCAACACGAAAUUAUACUUAAAGGCAGCUGUGAUAAUUGUAUUUAUUUUAGGCUUAGCUCUUUAUAUUUUUGGUCCAAUAUCUUGUGUUAUAUUAAUCGGUGUGCUAAUAUUUUGUUUCUUCCGCUCUAUAACAUAGCUAAUAUAUCUUACAUGUAUUGGAUAUAAAAAUAAUCUGGAUAAUGACGUCGGCUACAAUCUACCCACGCGUUCCAGUCGCCAUGAAAUAAAACAUUUUAUGCGAAUUU